UGAGAAUCAUUUGAAUCCAUCUUUCUAGGGAGAUUUAAAAAUAAAUAAAUAAACAAGUCGCCCAACUAAAAAUGCAUUUGGAUUUAGCUGUUUAAUCUGCUGGGAGAAGGAUGUGGCCUAAUAUACUUCGCCCGCAAACAGACCAAUGGCAGACAGUUGACCGACUUUCCCUCUCUCACACACGCGCACAGAUGCAGACGCGCAUUUAAGUCCUCAGCCUCCGCUCCAAAGGCGCACACACGCGCCCCGGCAUCCAGACCAACUGAAAGAUGAGGAUUGAUCCUGUGACGCGCAUCUGCAGCUUCUUCACUCGUUGCGUGUAGCUAACUCCAACCAACAUCACCAGCGUCGGCGGCGACAGUCAUGGAUCUGUACGCGUCAAAUGAGACUUCAAGCUCCGCGGAGUGUCUCGGAGCGCCACAGAGCGGGUCCGGCAACGGCAGCAUGGAGACGCCAAACAUCACCUGCAGCCCUGCGACCACUCAGGUGGACCCUCAUACGGCCAGACAAGCAGAUGACGACCACACGCUGAGGAUCCUGCUCUACUCGCUGAUCUUCUUCCUGAGCGUGUUCGGGAACCUGCUGAUCAUCGUGGUGCUGACGGUCAAUAAACGCAUGCGCACCGUCACCAACACCUUCCUGCUGUCGCUGGCUGUCAGCGAUCUGAUGAUGGCCGUCUUCUGCAUGCCCUUCACGCUCAUCCCCAGCAUCCUCAAGGACUUCAUCUUCGGUGCCGCCAUGUGCAAGAUUGUUUCUUACCUCAUGGGCAUAUCGGUGAGCAUCUCCACGUUCAGCCUGGUUGCUAUAGCGAUCGAGCGAUACAGUGCCAUCUGUAAUCCCCUGAAAUCCCGGGUAUGGCAGACCCGCUCCCAUGCUUAUCGGGUGAUUGCUGCUACGUGGAUCUUAGCCUUCAUCGUGAUGACCCCCUACCCCAUCAUCAGUCACCUGGAAACUUUUCAGCAUCCUGACAACACCACGGGACACAAGUGCCGCCACAAGUGGCCGCUCACCGUCGCGGAGCAGACCUGGUACAUUUUGCUGCUCCUUCUGCUGUUCGCCAUCCCGGGCGUGGUGAUGAGCGUGGCCUACGGACUCAUCUCCAGGGAGCUUUAUCGAGGCAUCCAGUUUGAGAUGGGACACAAAAGCAGCUCCCUCAAUGUGAAAAACGGCCUGACCUCCACUCCCUCCAGCGACAUUAAUGAUGGCGACGGUUGCUAUGUGAACGUCCAGCGUCAACAGUCCCUGGAGAUGUCCUCUGUGGCUGCUUCAGGAAGGGCGUCGGAAGCCGACCAGCCUCGGAGCAACACAUCCAAGGCCAAACUGGAGGCCAAGAAACGAGUCAUCCGUAUGCUGGUGGUCAUCGUCGUGAUGUUCUUCAUCUGCUGGAUGCCGCUCUACUGUGCCAACACGUGGCGAGCCUUCGACAAGGUCUCCGCCAAGCACGCCCUGUCGGGUGCCCCCAUCGCGUUCAUCCACCUGCUGUGCUACACCUCGGCCUGCGUCAACCCCAUCAUUUAUUGCUUCAUGAACACACGUUUCCGAAAAGCUUUGCUAGCGACCUUCUCUUGCUGUGCCACGCCAUGCCGUCGCCGCCGCCGUCGCGUGCUGGGGGAGCACGAAGAGGACGCCAUGGCGAUGGGCGUCUCCAUAUCCAAGUUCACCUACACGACAGUGAGCACCAUGGGAACAUGCUGAAGUGGACGAUUCCAAAUUCACGGCAGGAUUCUUCAGGGAUCACCCAGCUUCGGCUUUCAGUGUAAAUAUCCAUCGCUAUGUACAUUUACUGUGUCUGCUUGAUGUUUCCAGAGGUCUUGAUCGUGUACACAUGGGAGGACCACCACACCCACUCGCUGUUUAUCAUCAUUCUGCUGCCUUUUUGGCCUCAAAGUGCCUCCAUCUCUUUACUGCCUCAUCAUCAAAGGACAUUGGGAAUUGAUCCUCUGGCUUUCAUCUUGACAGACGUGAAAUUUGGCUGAUGUUCUGGUGUGUUUCAGUGGGUGGAAUUGCUUAAAGAUAUUACAAUGCUUUAACAUUAAAUGCCAGAUUUCUGUGAGACUUUGACGGUCAAUAUAGGUUUGUGUUUGACAGUGAAGACGUGUCAGCAUGAUCAUUUUUCUUUUAGCGCAACAACAACAACAGAAAAAAAGUAUUCCCAAGACAUAAAAAAUGAACAUGAAUACAAACCUUAUGAGUACAGCAAAGGAAUUGUGGAUGCACAAGCCUCUGGAGGUUUUCCUUCAAGGUGAUGGAGGAAUGUGUUGCUAUCCCUCCGUCACAACUGGAAGUGAAAAAAGAAAAGGUUUCUGGUUCAACUCUUGUAGAAAUAUUUGUAAUAAAAAGAUUGUUUUCUGACUUCAUUGGAUGUAGCAUUCGUGUCGCCAUGAUGUGGUGUCGACUUAUUGAACUAGCUAAAGACAUGUUGGAGAAAAUGUUGUGAAAAGUCCCUGAUGUGUUCAAUAAAUUCUAUCUAAAAAGCUGGUCCGGUGUGAUUUAAUGUCUGAGAUAGCCAUUGAAGUCGAGCAAAGAA